GAUUUGGUACUUCCGACGGAAGUGCUGUGAGGGUGACGUCAGUGCCCCGCGCCGGAAGUGCCUGGGACAGAGCUCUGGUGGAGAGCCGGCGGCGGCUGCAGCGGCUGCAGGAGAAAUGGCCACAGAGGAUUGCGCAUCCCUGUUGGGCCCCAAAGAGGAAGAGGAGGAGGACGAGAAGCCCUGGCAGCCGUUGUUUGCGGAGCAGCAUUUGAACCCAGGCCGCUCGCGAAGGUCAAUGUUUCCGUAACCUUAAUGGAGAGGAAGGACUUUGAAGCAUGGCUUGAUCACCUGUCUGUGGCGUUCCUCUCUCUGACGGACUCGCAGAAGAAUGAGGCGCUGGACCACCUGAUUGGCCAGAGCGGGGCCGCCCAGCUCCGGCACCUCUCCCACCACCUGGAGACCCUCCUCAAGCGGGACUUCCUCAAACUACUCCCGCUGGAACUCGGCUUCUAUUUGCUCAAAUGGCUUGACCCACAGACCUUACUCACUUGUUGCCUGGUCUCUAAGCAGUGGAACAAGGUUAUCAGCGCCUGCAUGGAGGUCUGGCAGGCGGCCUGCAAGCGGCUGGGGUGGCGCAUUGACGACGACUCAGUCCAGGAUGCCCGGCAUUGGAAGAAGGUCUACCUCAAGGCCAUCUUGCGCAUGAAGCAGCUGCAGGACCACGAAGCCUUCGAGACCUCCUCACUGAUCGGACAUAGCGCCCGGGUCUAUGCACUUUACUACAAGGAUGGGCUGCUUUGUACAGGUUCAGACGACUUGUCCGCCAAGCUGUGGGACGUGAGCACUGGGCAAUGCGUCUAUGGGAUCCAAACUCAUACUUGUGCGGCAGUGAAGUUCGACGAGCAGAAGCUGGUGACGGGAUCCUUCGACAACACCAUCGCCUGCUGGGAGUGGAGUUCAGGGGCCAAGACCCAGCACUUUCGAGGCCACACAGGGGCAGUUUUCAGUGUAGAUUACAAUGAUGAGCUUGACCUCCUGGUCAGCGGUUCGGCAGAUUUCACUGUGAAAGUCUGGGCUUUGUCCACCGGCAUCUGUCUCAAUACGUUGACUGGGCACACGGAAUGGGUCACAAAGGUGGUCUUGCAGAAGAGCAAAGUCAAGUCCCUCAUGCACAGUCCCGGGGAUUACAUCCUUUUAAGCGCAGAUAAAUACGAAAUCAAGAUCUGGCCAAUUGGAAGAGAAAUUAACUGCAAGUGCUUAAAAACCCUGACUGUUUCGGAGGACCGCAGCAUCUCCCUGCAGCCCCGGCUACACUUUGAUGGGAAAUACAUUGUGUGCAGUUCAGCCAUUGGGUUGUUCCAGUGGGACUUUGCCAGCUAUGAUAUCCUGAGGGUUAUCAAACCCCCUGAGUCGGCAAACUUGUCCUUGUUGGGCUUCGGUGACAUUUUUGCCCUCCUGUUUGAUAGCCACUUCCUGUACAUCAUGGAUUUGAGGACAGAGAAACUGAUCAGCCGUUGGCCGCUGCCGGAAUAUCGAAAGUCCAAGAGAGGCUCCAGCUUUUUGGCCGGAGAAACAUCUUGGCUGGACGGUUUGGACGGUCAGAAUGACAUGGGCCUGGUGUUUGCCACUAGCAUGCCGGACCACAGUAUUCACCUGGUUUUGUGGAAGGAGCAUGGCUGAAAAAAAGGAGAAAAGAAAACAAGCCAGCUGAAUAUGUGACAUAAAAAAAUACAAAAUUGGAGACCGACCGCCAGCGAUGGAUGAAUCAGACAGAGGAGACUGCAUGAACCAAAGCUGCACAUUUUAAUGGAUAUCAUCAUGCAAUGCACAAUCAUUUUAUCUUUUUUAAAUCUCGACAUCCUUUUUAUGAAAGAAGGGAGUUGGGGAAUGACAACCGAUUGGGUGGAUUACAUGAUUUCCUUUGAAACAUAAUGCAUCAUGGCAUGCUAACAGCUUCCAUCACUGCCUCAUGUAUACUCAUGUUCAAACAUACACAUCUGAGCAUUUAGAUCAACUUUUUUUGUUUGUUUUAUUGAGUGGGGAACUAUUCAAAAGAAAAGUGUAUUUGGAGCUGUAUCCAGUGCUGGAUUAAUGGUUAUACAAGAGAGAGUCUCCUCUCCUUCCUGCAGCAUCUCAGAAAUCAUGAAAACCACUCGUAGCGCUCUUUUUUGGGUGCCAGAAAAGGUUGCAAGGAAGGGAAGGGAAAAGAAAUCCCACCACAACCAUCCCAUUGUUUCUCAAACAUUUCCGUUCUCUGUUUCUUCCAGAUAUAUCCUCAGAAAGGUUUUUUUUAAAAAAUCAGAAUUGCUUUUGAAAAAAGAUCUUAUUUGCAAAGUGAAAUGUUUGAUUGCAAUAGAAAACAAGAAAAAAGUGAGCCAGUUGAUCAGUUCCUAUUUGCUUGCCCAGCUCUUUUUUCUCUUUCAUAUUCUGUGGGUGACUUAGGCCUUUGUCAAUGAGUUUCAUAUGUGCAAAAGUCCCUUUUUGGUGGGAUGCAUAGGACUGUUGUUAUUAGGCUGUGUUCAAGAACUUCCUGUCAAACCACGAAAGAGGCCACUCUUAUGUUUUCAAAGCAGAAAGAAGGUUAGAAAGCAACUCAGACGUGGCUGCUCUAAGCUUCGGGGAGAAAGGAAAAGACAGAUACAUUCCAAUUGAGAGCAAACCAUCCUUUCUUCAUCCUCCUCCUGAGCUAUUUUAUUGUGCUCUGAGGUGUUUUCCUCCUGAUAAUAGCUUCAUAAGGCAUAUAUAUAAGCAGCUGAAUAACAAGAUUCUGCAAGUUUCGGUAUAGCUUAGGAACCAAGUGGCUUUUACAUCUAAAGCAGAAGUGUCCAGAUAUUUGUGCCUCCAACUCCCAGAAGCCCUUAUUGCCAGCUUGUCCAAUAGCCAGGAAUUUUGGGAGCUGAAGUCCAAAACAAGUUUGACACCACUGGAGUCUUAACAGAAAUAUUGAUCACUCUCUUCUACUCAGUGAUUGGAGUUGUAAUGCAUACAACUCAAAACCUUCCUGUGAUUUCAGAAGCAGGCGAAGCUAAAACAGAACUGCUCCUUCAAGUGCUUUGUCUCUGAACAUUUUUUUAAAGUUAAGUCAACAGCCUCUUGAAUUGAAGAGAAAUCGUCUGCUUGUCUUUGUGCAGAAAAAGGCUUCACAUUUUAGAGGCAUAAUGCUAGCAACCAAUCUUUUUUUAAUCCUCUUCACUGAAAGAGCUGUCACUGCCAUUGCUUCUGAAUCAAGUGAGGGAAAGGCAAGGAUAGUAAGUAGAAGAAAAAAAAGAUUGCCGUUGCCAUAGUCUCCUUAUGAAGAGAUUGGGGUGAAGGAGGAUGGGAAAGGGAGCAUUUUGUCCUCAUUUGUCGCUAGUCCUGGUUCGAACAGCUCUAAAAGCAGAGGUUUCCGUGCUGAUUUAUUCUCACGGCCCUUUAUAAAAAGAAUUAAGCGUGUUCUACAAAUCUUUUCUCUACGAUGGUUUGGUGUCAGUCACGUUUGUGCUGGCAAAUCCUCCGGUUCAAAACCGGACUUGGCGUUUGUGCUUCAAAGGGGAAGCAUUGCAGGGAAAGGGAUGGGAUGGGAAAGGGAUACGAGCCUUUUUCCCUGCCCUUCCUUUGUGGAUCUUUUUCUCCAAGAAGAGCUGGAACAGGCAGUUGCCUCCUUCCGGCAUGUGCUAUCUAUCAAUGUUUACACCAACAAUAUUAAUAAAACCUUCUGCCUGGUUUAA